AUGGCCGACAUUUUUCCUGCCGAGCUGCAUGUGGCGUGGGAGCCUCUCCCAGAAGACGAAGCACCUUCGGUAGAAUCAGUCGUCGAGCUGGCCGUCAGGCUAGAGGACCGGCUACGGAAGGGAGAAAAGUUGUGCUUGUGGUCGCCUCGAGGCCAUGGCAGAGUAGGACUGGUCGGCGCGGUGCUUUUGGGCCGACUUUACGGUUUCACGGCCGAAGAUGCUCUCCUCAGAGUACAGGUGUGCCACGAUGCCCGGGACAGUCUCAAGGGACAGCCACAGAUAAGCUGUCCCCAGACGAUUGCGCAGGUUCAGUGCGUACGUGAGGUGUUGCUGCAGCAAUCGAGCAUCUACACCGAUCUCGUCAUGCGCGCUGACCUACCGGCUAGCAAGCGAGGAAUCCAGGUCUGCGAAUCCAUCCGCGGGGAAGGACCUCCGUCUCUGCGCCCGUCCGAACGCGUGGCCGACGAGACGCAGGCCGACCGUUACAAGCGCGAAAGGGAACACAGGCUCCAGAUCGACACGAUUCAGGACGACCACCAGCCGGAUCUGCUGAAAGCAUUGUUCCUUCCCCCACCAGCUUCCGGGGACCUUCUCAACACCUUGCCGUCCACCCAAGUACCGCGCGGCAACAACUUCGAUGCUACUGGCACCCGUAAAUGUGCACCAGGCAGUCCUAAGCUUGGCGUUCUGACGACGGUGACAACAAGAAGAAAUAGUAGUGGAAGAACGGACCUUCCGGGAGGUCGUGGCGUCCUUCUUCCCAGGAAGCUGGUAACACUAGGCUCGUAUGCGGGUAAUUUAUCAGACUUAUCAGGGGAGGGCAGCAACGGGUUGACGAUGUUGUCGCCGGCUCUGCUGGGGAAGGAUUCAUCCCUCCGACAGCCUUUUGCUCAAGACCGUGCUAGGGCCGUCGGUGCAGUGCCGUAUCCCACCAUGCGAUCCCUAAGAAAAACGUGA